AUGUCAACAAUUGUCUGUGCAAUUUCCGGUACUGCGCCAGAGCAGCCAGUGUACUCUCCAAAGACCAGGCAGGUCUAUGAGCGGCGGCUCAUUGAGAAGCAGGUGCAGGAGACCGGUCGAUGUCCAGUGACCAAAGAGGAGCUGACGCAGGAAGAUCUAUGCGAGAUGAAAGUGAACAAGGUGGUCAAGCCGCGGCCGGCUGCCGCCACUUCCAUUCCAGGCAUGCUGACUUUGCUGCAAACCGAGUGGGACGCUCUCAUGUCAGAAACCUAUGAGCUGAAAACGAAUUUGGACACUACGCGCAAACAACUCUCGCACGCGCUUUAUCAGCAUGACGCUGCCUGUCGUGUCAUAGCUCGGCUGCUGCGCGAGCGCGAUGCAGCUCGAGCACAGGUUGCGCAGCUGCAAGACCAGCUCAGCAACUCCACACCUGCAAACGCACCUGUGGGGGCUGCCGAGGGCGAGACUGGUCUUACUCCUCAAAUCCUCAGCAAGAUGGAGGAGCUUGCCAAGAAUCUUGCAAAGACUCGCAAGCAGCGUAACUUCCCGGACCUCAAUCCGUUGGAAGAGGUGAAGAGGCUAGAAUGCAAAGGCUCCUUCUCCACCAUUCACCAGUCCACUGCUCCUGGGAUCAUCUGCGUUGAUGUUCACAAGGUUCAUCCAAACCGGAUUGCAACCGGUGGGGUGGACAGCCAGGUGAUUCUCUUCGAUGCGCAGAAGAGCAAGCCUGUGCAAAAACUGGCAGGGCAUUCCAAGAAGGUGACGGCAGUCAAGCUGCAUCCCGACAAGGACGUGGUGGCCUCUGCGUCACAGGAUGCGACGGUCAAGGUGUGGACAUGCAGUUCGACAGACUGGUCAAGCCAGUACAACUGCCUGCACACGAUCCGAAAGCACAGUGCAGAAGUCACAGAUCUUUCGAUUCAUCCACUUGGUGAAUACUUGCUGACGGCCUCGCUCGACAAGUCUUGGGCAAUCCACGACUUUGCGACUGGCAGGUGUGUGCGCCACAUGCAGGACUUGGGCUCAGCCUAUCCGUGCAUGAGCUUUCAUCCGGAUGGACUCAUCGUCGCUGGUGGCACGCAGGACAAGACUGUUGUUGUCUGGGAUGUGAAGGAGCAGGCAACAGUAGCUAGCCUCACCGGCCACGAGGGCGUGGUCCAGACUCUGUCGUUCUCUGGCAAUGGCUACUACCUCGCGUCUGGUUCGAGCGAUGGAGUGGUAAAGCUGUGGGACCUGAGAAAGCCGGUGAACAUCCAGACGAUCAAGGUAGAUGGCCCUGCUCACUCUGUUGCCUUUGAUGCAACUGGGCAAUACCUGGCUGUGGGAAGCAAGAGCGUGCAGGUUUUCAACUUUGCAACCAAAACGACUCUGACAGAAGCUGCGGCUUUUAAGGAGCAUGCAGACGCUGUGACAGGUCUUUGCUGGGGUCCAAACGCAAAGACCCUGGCCAGCGUAUCCAUGGACCGUUCAUUGAAGAUCUAUUCUAACAAAUGA